AUGGGUGCUACAAAUGCCAACACUCCAAAUGUUCCUGGUAGCACUGAUGGAAAGCCUUUUCUUAUAAAGGAUGUGAAUGUUGAAUCUCCUGGCGUCUACUCUUCCAGUAGGCCUGUUCAGAGUGGUGGACAACUAGCUUCCGGAGGAGCAGAAAGUUCACAUUUGUCAUUACUCGAAAAUUCUACAACUGAAAGUCAUCUAUGCGAAAGUUUCAUCCUUCUGAUGAGCAGCAUGACAGAUAGAUCUCAUGGGUUCAGAGCAUUGAUGGUAAUGGAGGAUCAUUCACUUCUAUUAGUUCAAAAAGGAGAAAUUGUCUGGAGUAGAGAGGAUGGUCUUUCCUCAGUUGUUGAUGUAACAACAUCAGAACUACCUGUGGAAAAAGAUGGUGUAUCUGUGGCAAAAGUAGAACAAAACCUAUUUGAAUCUAGUAUAACUAACUGUUAUAAAAAAAAUUUCACUGGUAGUUACCAACAGAAAACAAUUUCCUAA